AUGCAAAUGCUUGCUCUAAAUUUUUUUAUGUACACUCUUGGCGGUAUAUGGCGACCUGUUGACUGGUCAUCAAAUGGUGCCAAGCUACUGUAUAAUAUAUUUACCUUUAUUAUAAUAUCUUCGGAAUACUUUUUGAUGUUAACUCAAUUUAUGGAUAUAAUUUUCGUUGUCAAUAAUGUCGAUGAUUUUGCUACUAAUACUCUAAUGUUUUUGAGUAUUGUUGCUGUUUGUUGUAAAGCGACUGUCGUUGUGGUACGUCGAAAUGCGAUCAUCACUAACUUAGUGCAAGUAUUGUUGAAAGCACCAUACAAACCUCAAGACGGAGAUGAAAUAGCAAUACAAACAAAAUUUAAUAAAUUUAUCAGAUCAUGCUCGAUAAAAUAUUCACUUUUAGCAACAGGUUCCGUUACAGGCGUUACAAUAGGAUCAGUAUUAAACAUUAUGCAAGGUCAUUUACCUUAUCGAAUAUGGCUGCCAUGCAAUUACAAUGUAUCUACGAUAUUUUGGAUUAUAUCAAUUCAUCAGAUUGUAACUUUAAUUUUUGCCACAAUAAUAAAUGUUGGCACAGAAACCUUAGUCUUCGGAUUGAUUUUGCAAACGUGUGCACAAUUUGAAAUAUUCGAAAGUCGUCUACAUAAAUUAAUAAUUAAUAAAACAAAUAAAUAUCUAGGACGUGCAAACUCUUUAUUGAACAAAGAUAAAACGGAACUGUCGGAGUGUAUACGUCAUCAGCUCAGUAUUUACAAAUACGCCAAAACGGUAAACGUUAUAUUUAACCAGGUGCUUUUCGUUCAAUUCUUUGCAAGCAUACUGGUAUUAUGUACAAGUGUGUAUUACUUGUCAAUACAUAUUACAGAAUUGUCUGGUACUGCAACUUUUUUAGUAUACACUAUUGGCAUGUUUGUACAAAUUUAUAUUUAUUGCUGGUCUGGAAACGAAGUUAUUCUUAAGAGUAUGAACUUAGGAAACGCUAUAUAUUGUAUGGACUGGCCAUUAUUAUCAGUUAACGAAAAAAAAGAGUUGCUCAUAAUCAUGAUAGGAAGCACAAUUCCUAUAAAAUUCACGAGCAGCUUCUUGAUAACUCUAUCUCUUCAGUCUUACAACAAUGUAAUUUUUGUUGUCAAUAAUGUCAAUGAUUUUGCCACUAAUGCUCUAGUUUUUUUGGGUGUUGUUGCCGUCUGUUGUAAAACGACUGUCGUUGUAGUACGUCGGAAUGCAAUCAUUAAUUUAGUGCAAGUAUUGCUAAAAGCACCAUACAAACCUCGAGAUGAAGAUGAAGUAGCAAUACAAACAAAAUUUGAUAAAUUCAUCAGAUCAUGCUCGAUAAAAUAUUCACUUUUGGCAACAAGUUCCAUUACAGGCGGUACAAUAGGAUCAGUAUUAAGCGUUAUGCAAGGUCACUUUCCUUAUCGAAUGUGGCUGCCAUUUAAUUACAAUGUAUCUUCGAUGUUUUGGAUUAUAUCCAUUCAUCAAAUGGUAACUACAAUUUUUGCCACCAUGAUAAAUGUUGGUACGGAAACCCUAGUCUUUGGAUUGAUUUUACAAACAUGUGCCCAGUUUGAAAUAUUUGAAAGUCGUCUUCAUAAAUUAAUAAUUAAUAAAACAAUUAAAUAUCUGGGACAUGCAAGCUGUUUGUCGAAUAAAAACGAAACAGGUCUAUCGGAGUGCAUACGUUAUCAUCUUAGUAUUUACCAAUACGCCAAAGCGGUAAACAUCAUAUUCAAUCAAGUGCUCUUCGUUCAGUUCUUUAGUAGUAUACUGGUAUUGUGCACAAGUGUGUAUUACUUGUCAACACAUAUUAGAGAACUUUCUGCAGCUGCAUCUUUCUUAGCAUAUACCAUUUGCAUGUUUGUACAAAUUUUUUUUUAUUGCUGGUCCGGGAACGAAGUAAUGCUUAAAAGUAUGAGCAUAGCAGACGCUAUAUAUCAUAUGGAUUGGCCAUUACUAUCGAUCGAUGAAAAAAAAGGAUUGUUGAUGAUCAUGUUACGCAGUACAAUUCCUAUAAAGUUCACAAGCAGCUUCUUCAUAACUUUAUCCCUUCAGUCUUAUAGCAACGUUAGUAUCAUUUGGUGUCAAAAUAAAUAUUUGACAUAG